UCUCAUAUCGGUUCCCGGAGAGAGCAUCGCUUCACAAAUCGCGCGGGACGGCGACCACACCGUAGACUGCUGGGAAUAACCGAGAUGUCACGGGGGAUGCUACCGGUAAUCAUGUGCCUUAUCGGCGCCACCUCAGCGGCAAGGCUUGCGGGCAGAGACGUGCAGGAGGAGGGUUAGACAUCCUCGGCAGACAGGUGCGACUCCGCAGCCCGUCUCAUUUUGUUGUUGUUGUGGUUGCGGUUCUACAAAGUACCAGCGCCAUGGAUACCCGCAAGGAAAGCAAGGUAAGGAAAGCCAUGAAGCCCAAAACGACGAAGCGAAAACAGAAUAAAUACAAAACCGGGAGGCUUGGCCGAAAGAAAUCGCCGCGAUCUUUCGGGAAUUUCAUCGGGAGGAUCCUUAAAACUUUGGGCACUUUGGCGCACUUUGGCGACGCGCAGCCGCCGCACGCGGAGGACGACGACGGCGGCUUCGGGCCAGGCGACUCGGGGGGGUUCAAAGACGACGGCGCGCAGGUCGCCCGGGACCCGGCCGCCAAGAAGCUGAGCUCCGCGGCGUCCUCCUCGCACGGCUCGGUGAAAGGCAGGCUGUCGUGGUGCCACGGCGACAAGACCCCCGGGGUGCUGGGGCUGAAGAACCACGGAAACACCUGCUUCAUGAACGCCGUGGUUCAGUGCCUGAGCAACACGGACCUGCUGGCCGAGUACCUCGGCCUGGAGCAGUACAAGUCCACGGAGGGGGGCCACGGCGGGGUGAACGGCCAGGUGAGAGGCGAGGAGCUGCAGGCCGCCAGGGGGGAGGUGACCGAGCAGCUGGCGUCGCUGGUCCGGGCACUGUGGACCCUGGAGUACACGCCGCAGGUGUCCGUGGAGUUCAAGAGCAUCGUGGCCAAGUACAGCUCUCAGUUUCGGGGGAACUCUCAGCACGACGCCCUGGAGUUCCUCCUCUGGCUUUUGGACCGAGUUCACGAAGACGCCAACAACAACAACAACAACACCAACAGCAGCAGCCACAAGACCAAACCCUCCGCCAAGGGACCCAGGUCCUCGGAGGGCUCUUCCAGCCCCGGCUCACCCGGCCCGCGGCAGCCUCGAGAUCGACACAGUUUUGUCCAGGAACACUUCCAGGCUCAGUACAGGUCUUCGCUGACGUGCCCUCAUUGCCUUAAGCAGAGCAACACCUUUGACCCAUUUUCAUGCAUUUCCCUGCCCAUUCCCCUACGACAAACCAGGCCGAUGUGUGUGACGCUGGUAUUCGGUACGAAGGGUCACAGGUACCUGCGGGUGGGGCUGGCUGUGCCCUUCUUGGGUUCCCUGUCCUGCCUGAGAGCCAUGGUGGCACAGGAGGGCAACAUCCCCCGAGACCAGGUCAUCCUCUCCGAGUUGUACUCCACGGGUUUCCAGCGUUCCUUUUCAGAUGACGAUGACCUGACCGCAAUCACCGACAGCGACGUCAUUUACGCCUUCCAGGCCCCUCCCCCCCACGGCCGUGGAGGCUCCGUGCCGCACUCAGGGUAUCACCACAGCCUCCCCUCCUCCCCCUACACCACCACGGCCGGACCCGGCGGUCCGAAGCUGCCUCCGUCUGGCACGCUCUCCUCAGAAUACCUCAACCAGGGCGGCUCCACCAAGGUCCUCCUCGUCAUCUGCAACACGGCGGGAUCUGGCCAGCAGGCCGUCAGGUUUGGGCCUCCAUUCCUCAUGCGCGAGGACAGGAGCGUCUCCUGGGACCAGCUGCAGCAGAGUCUCCUCAGCAAGCUCUAUUAUCUGAUGCUGAAUGGAUCCCAGGCUCAGAACGCCGGUGUGCUGUUCAAGAUUCGAGUGGUGGGAGGAUCGGCCGCCUACAGCUACCUGUCCCCACAGGACAGCAGGCCGCUGUACCACCCGGCGGUCGACAGAGCUCUGAAGUUCUGCGGCCCCGGGGGACCUGCUCACGUCAAGAUUGUCAUUGAGUGGACCAAUAAGACCAAAGAGUGUCUCUUUGGCAGCAUUCAGGAGGAGGUGAUCAAGGACGCAGAGAGUGUGCGGAGCCAGCAGCAGCAGCACUUACAGCAGCACAGCUGUACGUUGGACGAGUGCUUUCAGCUGUACACCAAAGAAGAGCAGCUGGCCCCGGAUGACGCCUGGAGGUGUCCGCACUGCAAGCAGCUGCAGCAGGGCAUGGUGAAGAUGAGCCUGUGGACGCUCCCCGACAUACUGAUCCUCCACCUCAAGCGCUUCCGACAGGUAGGCGAGCGGAGGAACAAGCUGUCGACGCUGGUGCGCUUCCCCCUCACCGGUUUGGACAUGGCCCCCCACGUGGUGAAGAGGAGUCAGAGCAUGAGGAACCUCGGCGUAGGAGCCUGGCCGCCCCCAUGCAAGCUCCCGUCGGGGCAUCAGCCCCAACCGGCCGGCGCCAUCCUUCCCCACGACUACCUGUACGACCUCUACGCCGUGUGUAACCACCACGGAGGAAUGCACGGAGGACAUUACACUGCUUACUGUCGCAACUCGGUGGACGGACAGUGGUACAGCUACGACGACAGCAGCGUGGACUUGGUGCCCGAGGAGGAAGUGUGCACCCGAGGAGCCUACAUCCUUUUCUACCAGAGGCGCAACACCAUCCCGCCAUGGUCGGCCAGUUGCUCCGUCAGAGGGUCCACCAGUUCAUCCAUGUCCGACCACUGGCUAAUCCGGCUGACGGGGGACAGCAAGAGAGGCAGUCUGGUCUCUCGAUCGUCCACCGCCUGCCCGUCGUCCUCACCUGACUCGCCCGAGUCUCCGGUCUUCCUCGAAAACGGUUCAAAAGAGGAACGAGGGGGUUUGGAGAGCAGAACCUUUACCAGGGGCCUUCAGGGACGCAGCGUGAGCAUGAGAGCCCCCAGCAAGACCAAGGAGACCCUGAGCAAGGUGUUUCCCCUGCGCUGGUCCUUUGGUUCAAAGGACCGGCGGAAACCCGACCCAGUGCCUCAGCCUGUCCAGGAUCCCGCCCAUGCGGAGCUGGUGCAGUACUUGGAGUCCGGCCGGCGGCCCCGAUGCACAAAGGACCCGAUAGCCACGUUGAUGAGCGAGCCGCGCGGGUCAAAGGAAGCUGCCGGGGCCCGCGCUCCGACCAGCGUCCGAUCUGCCAGCGUCGGGAGCCUAAGUUGUACGAGUAAGGCGGGGGGCGAGUCCCCUCAGGUCCCCGAGGGCCAGAGGAAAGCAUCCGAUAAGACCGCCAGCCUGAGGCGUAGGAAGGAGAGCCAAUCACGAGGCGAGGUGAGCAGUAGCUCUGCUAGUAACACCUUGAGCAGCAGGAAGGAUGCUAGGAGGCAAAGCUCCUCCAAAAGCUCCCAGGACACCACUGAGGCAAAAAGGAGUUCCGGUGCUGGAGUCCAGCCCAGCUACAGCACCCCUAGCCUCCUGGAUGGGACCCUGAGAAGACAAAAGGGGGACAGGGCUGAUAGGGAACACCACGGUGCACCUGAAGGAAGGAAAGGAGAGGUGCCCAAGAGCACUGAGGGACUGCUCUCCUUCUUCAAAGGGAGCUUCCUCAAGAAGGAUAAAGACGUGGGGAAGUCCAAGGAAGGCGAGUCAAGGAAGGGAGACGGGGAGGAAGGAGGCAGGAGGACCCUAUCUAGGCUUCCGUUGUCCAACGGAGCCGCAGGAGGGGGGACCCGGGGGGAAAGAAGCAAGUCCAACGGCCCGGGCCACGUGCUGGCAGACGGGAAGACGGCACGAAGCGCGGCGGACAUCAAGCGCUCCCAGAGCUCCUCCAGCAUCCCCACCAAAGCGGAGCAGAGCAUGCGCAGGACGGCGUCCCUGCAUCGCAACGGGACGUCGGCGACCCCGGCGCCGCCGCGCAGCCUGGCGGCAGACAAGCCGUCUUACGGCACCCUGCAGAGGACCCGUUACAGCACGGCCUCGCUGGGACGCAAGAGGACGGUUCCCGAGUCCAGCUUCUGACGCGGAGACGCUCGACAGAACCCGCACGGGCACACAGGGCCUUUUUAA